GGCCGCGGACCACACAUAGCGUGCUCGGACACCCCUGAAAAAUACACAUUUCACCUUUUUUACCACCAAAAAACCCUCAAAACCAAACGAAAUAUACAAAUUUCCCAAAAAAAUACUAGUUACUCUAAAAAAAUACGCAAAUUUAUACCAAGUUACAUUGAACUCAUUAACCGAAAAUCCGGUUGCAAAACUCUGAAACAGUGAUGUGAUGAGUGUUAUAUUAGUCUAUUUAUACAUUUAUAUUAAUUAAUAUACUAGUUAUAGUAUAAAGUGUAAUUUAAUUGAUCGCGAAGGGAUGUGCCGAUGGUAAAGGAGUGCUGUGUUGUGAUAUGAGGUGCUCGCCGAAGGGGCUUGCGUAACUUUGCAAGUCGCGCGUCGGAGUGUCUUCGCCGUGGCGCGGUGAUGUCGGCAUGGAAGUGGCCGCGCUGGUGGUGUGCGCGCUGGUGGUGAGCGCGGCGCCCAACGCGACCCACCGCCGCGACACGCGCGACCAGCCCGCGACUGUCGCGGCGAGCAACGCGACACACCGCCGCGAGGCGCACGAGCCGCUCGCGCCCGACGAGGAGGACGAUCACACCUUCGACUACUACGAUGACGCCAAGAUCAACAUAUCCGAGAAGGGCAUGUACCUGGGCUCCCCGUGUGAGUUCACGUGCAACCCGAGCCUGCUGCACGUGUACUGCGAGCCACGCACCAGCUCCUGCCAGUGCGACCCCAAGCACCCCGUGUCGCUUGGCGUUACGACGGGGUGCGCUAAACCAAAGAAGCUGGGAGAGCAAUGCUUCUACCAGGAGACGUGUCACGCUUUCGACCCGCAUGCGUCGUGCGUACAAGUCAACCAUAACGCGUACUGCCAGUGCAACGCUGGCUACCACACCACCAGCCACUCCAGGCCUACGCAGAGGAUAUUCUGCACUGAAGACUUGGUGUUGCUGACAGCGGACAUGCCGACGCUGUUAGGAGUGGCGUCGGGCAUCUUCGUGCUGGCCGGGCUGCUGUGCAUGGUGCUGCACCUGUACACGAAGGCGCGCUACCACCCGGCCCACCUGGCCGACGCGAGGCUCACGCCGCCCUGCUUGUACUCGCUGAACGACACUGGUGGGACGCUGAGCGCAACUCGCGCGUCGUCGCGCGCGUCGUCGCGCAGCGGCAUGACGAGCGGCACGCUGGAGCUGGACGGCACGUCGCGGCGCGAGUCGCGGCGCGCGGCGUCGCGCGCAGGUUCGAGACGUCCAAGUCUAAGCUCGGUUCAGAGCAGCUCAUCGUCUAUUAGGAGUUAUAGUGCGAAGAAGUGGGAGAGAGAAAGGGAGCAGAAGGAAAGACGGCAGAUGAGCAUGCGUCUCGCUCAGUUGCAUGACAAAAUGGCGGCGGGCAGGGACCUUCCGAAGCAUGCGCCUACUCCGUCUCCUCGCUCGCCGAAUAACUCUACUGAUGGGCUGCUGCCAGCUGUGUGUGAAAUUAGAGAACUGGUCAUCAACUCUGACCAACAGUUGCAAGGCGUAGACGGGCCGUGUUCGAGCUCGUCACUUUACUGACAGCAAAGAUCCACGACCAUUCGGUCGAUGGAUUCCCUCUCAUCGGACGGCACUCCUGCCGUCGCCUGGAUGUAGUUCCCGAAACAUUACGUGAGAAAUCCAUUCACUACAUGGGACUUGGCAUCGCGAGAACUUUUAGACGAUUCAAAAGGGGUAGAAAUACGACAGGUCAAAAUCAAUUAGAAACUCCCUCAAAGCUGAUGUAAAACAACUUCUUUAUGAGGCUGACUGACUUUAGCUGACAUGUCCUGGAGUAGAGACUGUAUAUCGAUAAGAGCAGCGUGAUUAGACUUCCAAUUUAAAGAAGAUGGCGGGAAGUGGUUAGAUGAGAAAGACUGUAAUGACAAAGACCUAUGUUAGCCUAUGACCUAUGUAGACGCAUGCAGACUUACAAGAAAAUGCUAACUAAGAAUAUGCCGAAACAUUUUGAUAUUUGGAUUCUAUGAGAAUCGCUGCCGUUGUAUUGAGAAACCGGGUAAUCGUCAAACAAAAGUUUUACUUACCCAAGCAAGUUGGUAAGCGUUAGGCAACACUAGCACCAGUCAAAGGGGAUGUAAGUGGUAAAUCUAUACAAAGUAAGCCUAGUAUGUAAAGAAUUAAUGAAAUGUGUGAAGCCCCAAGUAGUGGAUGGAAACUAAUGGACGAUUCAUACGUAGAUGAGUAAAACGAGAUUGAAGACUUAGAAGAAUAUCACGAGAAAACGUGAGGUAGUAAAGUAACGGUAAGCAGCGAGCGAGCAAUCGAAUAGCACAAUAAUAUCACGUUAAUUUUAUAAAAAUCAAAAACCCCCCAGAAGAAACGCCAUAUCGAAAUAGAUUAAAUAGAGAUUUUUAAGUUUUCUAAAUAAAAAUUGUUUCGUUUCUCGAUCAUGUACCUAAAGUUUAGACUUUAAGAUUUCAGAAUGUCCGUAAUAGUAAUAAUAGCAAAAAAGAAUUAUAGUGAAAUAUAGAUAAUUUUGACGUAAAAACCGUUAUAGAAUAAGUUGAAUUAAAAAAAAAAUACCUACAAGUACAGAUAAAUAAUAAUUUGUGAUACAGUUCAUAAUGCUGUGUAAAUAACAUAUAUGAUGCCGGAUUUGAAGAGAGAAAGAUAAAUUGUCAGCUGAAUAUAUUAUGUUCUCUAAAGGUAGCAUAUCUUGGAAAAUCAAGACUGGCGACUGCGACUAGCUACCUAUUUAAUAAGCGUUCGCGCGACUACUGCAUCACUUUAUACUACUACUAUUAUAGAGGCAAACGUUUAUAUUUGUGUGUGUGUGUGUGUGUGUGUCUGUGUAUGUAUAUGUGUUUGUAACUCUUUCAUGCAAAAACUACUGGACGGAUUUGGCUUGGAGUGGUGAUAGCUAAUAAAUACCCUGACACGUGAUGAUGCAGCCUAAGAUGGAGCGCGUUUGUCUAGAAGAUGCCUAUUCAUUCUUGACUGAAGGUACCCAUAUUAAAAUUGGAGGGAAAAACUAAGGCUGGAAAGGCGUUCCAUAUCCUAGCGGUUCGAAUUAGAAACGAGGAUGCAAAUCGCUUCAAACGUAUCCGUGGAAUUUUGACUACUUAGGUA